UUGCAGAUCUGAAAAUGAGCAAUUUUAGGGAUAAGGGAAAGAUGAAAGAAGAAAGUCCUGCGUCUUUUGGCAUUAAAAAGAAAGAGGAAGUGGAGAAUAAAGGAGGCCGUGAAAUUGUUCUUGCCUUGCCGGCUAUAAGGAGAGCCGAGAUGGAAAACGAUAAGAUUAUUGAAGGAAGAGAAAAGAUUGGGAUUAUUGUAACUAAAGUGAUUGAUGGUAGGAGACGCAUGGGCAGUGUUGUAGCCUUUGAUUCUGCCACUAAAUGCUUCAAGGUGGAGUAUGACGAUGGCAACUGUGAGAACGUUCAUGAGAAUGAAUUUGAUGCAAUUGUCGCCCCUCCUUUUCUUGUUAAGGCCUAUUUCAAGGAUUUGAAAGCUAGGGAGAAUAAGAAGGGAGAAGAGUCAGGAACAGCAAACUCCCAAGGAAUCCACUGGUCAAGCGAAACAAAUGAGGGAAGAAGGAAGAAAGCAAGGAGAGGGAGCAGCUGUGGCCUCCAGGGAGAAGAAUAGGGAUUGCUGCUGCAUCCAUUGUCUCUCUAUCCUAUGAAAAGGAGUUCUCCUCAUCAAUCAAUAAGAGAAUGGAAUUAGUUUUCCAUAUGUGCUUUUC